UCCUCCGCAGAGGCUCCUCCCUGCUUUCUCUCUCCGGCCCUCUCCACCUCCUCCGUCGCCGGCGUCCGCCAGCGCCGGACGCCAUGGGUUGCGGUGGCUCCAAAGAGGACGUGGCCACCGGCAACACCACCGCCGCCAACGGCGCCGGCCGCGGCACCAAGCUCUUCCGGAGGAAGUCCACCAUGUCCGCCAGCCACCGGUCCUCCCAGGCGUCCUCGUCGUCCUCGGACGGUACCUGCGUUGCCAUCAAGGACGUCGUCAAGGAGCCGGCGGCCGGCGUUCCCAAGGCCUCCGACGUUGAGGUGGCGUCGGACGAGAAGCCCGUUGCCGCGGUCGUCGAGGAGAAGAAAGAGGAGGAGGUGGCGGCCAAGAAGGAUGUCGCCGCCCCCGGCGUUGCUGCCGCGGCGGUGACCAAGGAGGCGGCGCAGCCGUCUGCGAAGGAGGAGGAGGAGCUGCCCAAGUCCACCAUGGCCGACGAGGCGCUGGCGGUGGACGAGGCUAAGGUCGACGAAGCGAAGGAAGCAGCAGUGGCCGAGGAGGCCAAUGAGGAAUCUCCUGCUUCCACAAAUGAGGGUGGGAAAUCACUUGGGCAGAGCACUACAGAACCCAUGGAGGCCAAGCCAGUCGACGUGAACAAGGCAGACGUUGCUGCCCCCGUGCCGGCGUCGUCCUUGUCGCAGGAGAAGACCGCCGCCAGCGUCGCCGGUGUAGCACCAAGCAAAUCGGCGGCGAACUAAUCAAGCGAAAACGGAGACAUAUGGGCAUUGCGAGCACGAAUGCACGGACAGGCGAGCGAAGAUGCAUGAGGAAAUACAUGUACCCAUGGCGUAUGUUUUUAUGUGAGAAACUGAGCCGUUUGUGUCGCGGGAUCGAUCGAUUGGUCCAUUCU